UUGAGUGGAGCCUCCAACUUAUUUUUUGCUGAUAGCUACGUUUCCUAUUUUUGCAGCCGUCAUUUCUCUACCACCCUCUAGUGUAAACUGCCAUUAAUAUCCUCAUCUUUAGCGUCCACUGAUUGAGAACCAACAAGGCAGACUAUUCAAGUCAGAGGCCGUCAUGUCUUCGCUCUCUGGGAAGGGCUCCCCUCCCGGGAGAGACGACGGUACCGGGCCUUGGCUGCAGAGGAUUACAGCCCCAGUCUCCAAGCCCCUGGGACAUGUAGACCCAGAGUCACUGAGGGCCAGGCUAGUUUCUGUGCCCCCGACUAAGGCUCGACAUAACCCUGACGCCCUGGUGUUCAGCCGCACCACCAAGGCUCUGGAACGCAGGAAGGCAGGGAGGAGAGCCAUCCCCCUCGAGAUACUGCCGGUGUUGAAGAAGUACCAGGAUCAGAAGCAGCCAGAGUUUAUCCACAGUCAGAACCGCGAGAGGCUGGUCCAGUCAGGCUGGCAGCCCCUCUUAUCCUCCUCUGCCGGGCCUGAGCGGUUGGAAGUUGCCCCCGACAGGCAGAGCUCUGCCCUGCACCUUCCCGAGCUUCCCGGGCACAUCACGGGGAAACAGGCUCCGAUCCGCCAACGCACCCUGGGUUCCCCGCCCCCCCCCAAGCACGCCCGCUACGCCAAGUCCUACCCGACCACCCUCUUCCGCCCCUCCGCUCCCCAAGCCCAUCAGGCAUUCCUCUUCAGCUCGGCGGAGGAAGUGGUCCGUGCCAGAAUAUGUUCCCCGCCGGAUAUUGUCCGGACCAUCCUGAACAACCCCCAUCUGGGCUUCCUCUACAUGACCUCCGCAGCGCCUAAGUCGUCUAUUAAAUAUGAUGCUUAUAACCUAAAGGUGGUAACGUACGAGGGCACGAACCAGCAGGACUACUCCACCAUCAGCCCGCAGGGUGUGACCAGCGUGUCCUCCGGGGAGGUGGACUUUGUCCCCCUGGAGCGCUGGGAGCACGAGUACCGCUGUCACCGACGCCUCCUCGCCAUCCCGACCUUCGCACUUUUCAGGAAGUGGAAGGCCUUCAAAGUGUGGAGGACCAACAUGCGCUCCAAGAAGAUCGGCACCUGCAAGCGGGCCCUGCAGGAGCGCUUGUUCAUUGUCAACGAGUCUCUGCGUCCCGCACUGAUUGGCAUCAGGGAGAUGUGUUUCAGGAUCAGUGACCUGGGCCUGUGUAACAUCCAGAGAGACCACACCUACACUCUGGUGGAGUUCCAGCAGGCACAGUAUAAGCAGCUGAAAGAGGUGUCGUCUCGUCUGGAGGAGUUCAGAGAGUUGGUGAAGGAGGUGGCCAGGAGUGCUUGUCGUGAGGCCAUGAAGGACGCCGGAUACCCACCGGACACCAGCACUGACAUGGAGGGUACGGACCGGAAGCCGUCUCCAGUGAUGGAGCUGAUGUUUGACGAGGUUCCUGAUAAGAUGACCUACACCGAGCAGGCCAAUAAGAGAUACCACAGUAGACGUCUCACCUGCUUCGUGCGGCUGGCUGACUACCUGGUAGUGAGCACUUUGCACGUCCUGGCCGUGAACUCUGUGGUUCGGCUGCUGGCCGCGCUGCAGGAGCAGGUCGACCACACCCCCGCGCACGGCGUCAUCCACAGCUGGGUCCGCGCUGCUUCGGCUGGAGCCAGGGGCGGGGCAGAGGCCGGGGGACUCGGAGUCACAGAGGACACGGGCCAAAAGUCUGCAGAACCCAGAGCGGAGGUGGUUACACCACUGCCCAUGUUUGUAUCAGAACUGAUACUGGAGACCCACGAUCUGACCUACGAACCCUCAGUAGACAGUUUCCAGGAGUGCGUGUCGGAGAUCAUCUCCCGCUUCCAGGAGGCUGUCCUGUCUCUGGAUGUUCUGGUGUCUGACUCCUACUUUGAUGACUUCACUCAGCCCAUGAUCAACAACAAGGUGGAGGAGAAGGCCUGUGGUGAUGGUCCCAGUCUGGUGGAUAUGCUGGAGGAUGACCAUCACCUCCAAGAAGUCAUCGUCAACAUCAAGAAGUGUGUCCAGUUUGCGUUUGACUCGGCCAGUGUGUACGCACGCACCUUUGAGUGCUUUAGGAUCUUCUACAAAGAGAACGACAGUCUGGACCUGGAGGGGCUCAGGGGGCAAGAUCACGACGUGUCCUUCUACGGUGAGAGUCUGGGGAAGUACCACCGGCAACACCAGGAGGCCCUGAACAUCCAGCAGAAGAGACACCUGGGCCUUCUGCUGGUGGACACCACGCAGCUCAAAGCCAAACUCAUCCCGUCGCCGCUACGCUGUCUGGAGACCAUCAACGACAUGCUCCCCCUGCUGGCCAAGAGGAAGAUGGAGGCUAUCAUGACUGAGGCUCAGGAUGCCCAGUUCAGGCUGGAGUUUGUCCCGACGGCUACCGCAGAGUUUGUCAACUCACUGACCUUCCUGGAGGAGAUACAGGAGAGGAUUGAGGUGUUGGACGAGCAGGCGGAGACCGUGUCCCAAAUGUACACGUUGAUCGAGCGCUACUCCGUCCCCACCCCACCCGAGGACUUGGCCCUGUACGCCACCCUGAAACCCUCCGUCACGUCCGUGCGAAAUGCCAUCGACAAGGCUGUGGGCGAGAGGGACGCCAACGUGGAGAAGUUCUGUACCCACCUUCAGAAGGACAUAUCCGAACUCAACGCAGAGGUCAAACAGGUCAAAGAGUUGGCCCAGAACCGCCAGAUCCUGGACAGCGACGCUGACCGUCCUAAAGUCCGACAGCUGCUGGAGGAGAUACAGCAUUCUAUAGACGAGCUGCAGGUCCAGGCCUGUCAGUACAAGUCUUACCAAAAGAACUUCAAGGUGGAGGUGACUAAGUAUGAGGAGUUGGAGGAGCUGAGCGCGGAGGUGAAACUGAAGCAGCUGUUAUGGGACUCUGUGGAGGAGUGGGAGUCCCUGCUGGCUGGAUGGAUGGAGUGUAAGUUUGACGAGCUGGACCCAGAGGUUCUGGCCGCCCAGGUGAACCGUUACUCCAAGUCCGUGGGCCAGCUGGAGAAAGGCCUGCCACCCAACACCGUGGUGCCUCUUCUCAAAGGGCAGGUGGAGGGCAUGAGGAAGAAGCUCCCGGUGAUUACGGACCUGCGGAACCCGAGCCUGAAGGCCAGACACUGGGAUGUUCUGGAGGCCCUAAUGGAGACCAGUCUCCAGAAAGAGCCCCGAACCCUGGCCUCUCUGGAACAGCAGAACAUAUUCCGUUACGACGCGGAGAUACAGGAGGUGUCGGGACAGGCUUCGGGGGAGGCGUCGCUGGAGACCAUUCUGAAAAAGGUCGAGGACUUGUGGAAGACUUCAGAGUUCACCGUUCUGCCGCACCGCGAGUCCAAAGACGUGUUCAUCCUGGGCGGGACGGAUGACGUUCAGGUGCUCCUGGACGACAGCACCAUCAACGUGGCCACGGUGGCGUCCUCUCGCUACGUCGGCCCCAUGAGGACCAGAGUGGACGAUUGGCAGAGACGGCUGGCUCUCUUCAGUCAGACCCUGGAGGAAUGGUUGCGGUGUCAGCGGAGCUGGCUCUAUCUGGAGAGUAUCUUCAGCGCUCCGGACAUCCAGAGGCAGCUCCCGGCGGAGGCCAAGAUGUUUAUGCAGGUGGACAAGUCCUGGAAGGAGAUCAUGAGGAAAGUCAACCAGCUCCCCAACUCCCUGAGGGCCGCCACACAGCCAGGUCUGCUGGAGAUCUUCCAGAACAACAAUGCUUUACUGGACCAGAUCCAGAAGUGUCUGGAAGCCUACCUGGAGUCCAAGAGGGUCAUCUUCCCCCGGUUCUACUUCCUGUCCAACGACGAGCUUCUGGAGAUCCUGGCCCAGACCAGGAACCCACAAGCGGUGCAGCCACACCUCAGGAAGUGUUUUGACGCUAUCGCCCGCCUGGAGUUCGCCCUGUUGUCCCCGGACGCAACCCAGCCCGUCGAUGGAGAACAGGAAAAGAUCUACAGCAACGACAUCCUGGCCAUGGUGUCGCCCGAGGGAGAGAAGGUGGGCCUGACUAAGGGUCUGAAGGCGCGGGGCAACGUGGAGGACUGGCUGGGGAAAGUGGAGGAGGCCAUGUUCUCAUCCCUGCGACGGCUCAGCAAGGCCUCCAUCGCCGACUACCAGACCCGGGAGAGGGAGGCGUGGGUGGUGGCGGAACACCCCUCACAGGUGGUGCUGACGGUCAGCCAGCUGAUGUGGUGCAGGGACUUGGACGGCUGUCUGGAAGGGGACCACGACCGCCUCCAGGCCCUGCUGGACUUUGAACGUGUCAACAUUGAUAGGCUGAAUGCCCUGGCAGCAUUGGUCCGAGGCCACCUCCCCAAGCUGCACCGCGCCAUCAUCACGGCUCUCAUCACGGUGGACGUCCACGCCAGGGACAUCGUCACCGACCUCGUGACCCGGAAGGUGGACUCUGCCAGUAGUUUUGAGUGGCAGAGACAGCUGCGUUACUACUGGGACCUCGGCCUUGAUAACUGCGUGGCCCGCAUGGCUCUGUCCACAUACGUCUAUGGCUAUGAGUACCUGGGAGCCUGCCCUCGCCUGGUCAUCACCCCGCUCACGGACCGGUGCUACCUCUGCCUGAUGGGGGCUCUCCAGUUGGACCUGGGCGGGGCUCCAGCAGGCCCGGCCGGGACUGGGAAGACCGAGACCACCAAGGAUCUGGCCAAGGCUCUGUCCAUCCAGUGUGUCGUCUUCAACUGCUCUGACGGCCUGGACUACAAGAUGAUGGGGAAGUUCUUCAGCGGUCUGGCCCAAUCAGGAGCCUGGUGUUGCUUCGACGAGUUCAACCGCAUCGACAUCGAGGUGCUGUCCGUCAUCGCCCAGCAACUCAUCACCGUCCGCAACGCCAAGGCCGCCAAGCUGUCUCGCUUCAUGUUUGAGGGCCGAGAGAUCAAGCUGGUGAUGACCUGCGCGGCCUUCAUCACCAUGAACCCUGGCUACGCCGGGCGCACGGAGCUCCCGGACAACCUCAAAGCCCUGUUCAGGCCCAUUGCCAUGAUGAUACCCAACUACGCGCUGAUCGCUGAGGUGAUUCUGUACUCGGAGGGUUUCGAGUCCAGUAAGACGCUGGCCCGUAAGAUGACCCAGAUGUACAAGCUCUGCUCCGAGCAGCUGUCCCAGCAGGACCACUACGACUUUGGCAUGAGGGCCGUAAAGUCCGUCCUGGUCAUGGCCGGGUCUCUGAAGAGAGAGAAUCCCCAUCUGAGUGAAGAUGUGGUGCUGAUCAGGGCUCUGAGAGACUCCAACCUGCCCAAGUUCCUCACAGAUGAUGCUGCUCUGUUCAGCGGUAUCAUGUCGGACCUGUUCCCUGGCGUGUCCAUCCCUGAGCAUGACUACGGCGUGUUAGCCUCCACUGUCUUGGAGUCGCUGGUAAAACGCAACCUUCAGCCCCUGUCCGGCAUGACCAACAAGGUCAUCCAGUUGUACGAGACAAUGUUGGUGCGUCACGGCGUGAUGCUGGUGGGUCCCACGGGCGGCGGGAAGACCACGGUGUACGCCGUCCUGGCCGACACCCUGGCCAGCCUCCACCAGGCCGGCCACGGCCAGAACAACCCCUUCUACCUCCCUGUGAAGACAACCGUCCUCAACCCCAAGGCUGUCACCAUGGGGGAGCUCUACGGCGAGGUAAACACGUUGACCCUGGAGUGGCGGGACGGUCUGAUGGCCCUGAGCGUUCGGGCGGCCUGCAGUGACGCCGGCGAGGACCACAAGUGGAUCGUGUCGGACGGACCGGUGGACGCGCUGUGGAUCGAGAACAUGAACACGGUCCUGGACGACAACAAGAUGCUGUGCCUGGCCAACAGCGAGCGCAUCAAACUCACCCCGUCCAUACACAUGCUGUUCGAGGUCCAGGACUUGGCGGUGGCUUCCCCGGCCACUGUUAGCCGCUGCGGGAUGGUCUACGUGGACUCGGACGAGCUCAAGUGGAUGCCCCACGUCCAGACCUGGAUCAGCGGUCUAACUGACAAGCUCCCUGAGGAGGUGCGCGAGUACCUGCUGAGGCUGUUCAGGCAGUACGUGGAGGAGGGUCUGCAGUUUGUGCUGAGGCGUUGUGUUCAGGCCAUGACCCAGGUGGACAUCAGUAAAGUCACCACCCUCUGCUGCCUGCUGGAGGCGCUGCUGCUCAGCGACAAUGGACCCAACCUCAACAUGGAGGCCAAGCUGGUGAACCCGGUGUUGUGCCAGACCUUUGUGUUCUGCUACCUGUGGUCGGUGGGGGGCAACCUGACGGACACUCACUGGGACGCCUUCGACAGCUUCGUCCGGCAACAGUUUGAGGAUAACAACGACGCCAAGCUGCCCAGAUCAGGUGACUUGUGGAGUGUGUACAUGGACUUCAGCAGCAAGCGUCUGGAGCCGUGGGAGAGGGUCAUUCCUGCCUUCAGAUAUGACCGCGACCUGCCCUUCUUUGAGACCUUGGUGCCCACGGCAGACACGGUGCGAUACGGCUACCUGAUGGAGAGGCUGCUGUCUGUCGGGCGCUCGGUUCUCUUCACCGGCAGCACCGGAGUAGGGAAGUCUGUGGUGGCCCGUGAUCUACUGAACAGGGUCCAGGAAAAGGGGGGCUGGGUUCCCAUCUACAUCAACUUCUCAGCACAGACCACCUCGGCCAGAACACAGGAGAUCAUCGAGUCCAAACUGGAGAAGAAGAGGAAGAAUGUGCUUGGUGCUCCCGCUCACAGAAAGAUAGUGGUGUUUGUGGAUGAUCUGAAUAUGCCCAAGUUGGACAGCUACGGCUCCCAGCCCCCCAUCGAGCUUCUCAGGCAGUUCCAAGACUUCCAAGGCUUUUAUGACAGAGAGACGUUCUUCUGGAAAGAGAUCCAGGACACGACGAUUGCAGCAGCAUGUGCUCCGCCAGGAGGGGGGCGAAACCCUGUGACCCCUCGCUUCAUCCGCCACUUCAGCAUGCUGUGUCUGCCCACUCCGUCCGAACACAGCCUCAAACAGAUCUUCAGGGCCAUUCUGAGCGGUUUCCUCAGUGACUUCCCCCAGGCGGUGAAGUCGGCGUCCGGGAGCGUGGUGGACGCGGCCGUUGAGAUAUACCACCGCAUGUCUGUAGACCUGCUGCCGACUCCAGCCAAGUCCCAUUACGUCUUCAACCUCAGGGACCUCUCCAAGUGUGUCCAGGGGAUGUUGCAGUGUGAGCCGAGCACUGUGAGGGACCAGACUGGAAUCUUCCGUUUGUUCUGUCACGAGUGUCAGAGAGUGUUCCACGACCGCCUCAUCAACAACCAAGACAAAACCUACUUCAAUACUAUCGUCUCUGAGAUGGCCAGCAAAUAUUUCGGCUUCAACUUGGAGCCGUCUUACUUUGUCACCAAACCCAUUAUAUUUGGAGAUUUCAUCAAGGUGGGGGCAGAGAAGUCAGAACGUCUGUAUGAGGACCUGACAGACCUGGAUAAGAUCAGAGCUGUCCUCCAGGACUACCUGGACGACUACAACAUGACCUUCUCCAAGGAGACCAAACUCGUUUUCUUCCAGGACGCCAUCGAACACGUCUCCAGGAUCGCGCGUAUGAUCCGGCAGGAGCGCGGUAACGCCCUCCUUGUAGGCGUGGGGGGCACGGGGAAGCAGUCCCUGACGCGGCUGGCGUCUCACAUCUGCGGCAUGCGCUGCUUCCAGAUCGAGCUGAGCCGAGGGUACAACUACGACAGCUUUCACGAGGACCUCCGGAGACUCUACAAGAUGGCCGGGGUAGAGGGCAAAGACAUGGUCUUCCUCUUCACAGAUACACAGAUUGUGGUGGAGGAGUUUCUGGAGGACAUCAACAACAUGCUGAACAGUGGAGAGGUGCCCAGUCUCUUUGAGAAGGACGAGUUGGAGCAGAUCCUAGCUGCCACACGCCCCAAAGCCAAGGAGGCCGGAGUCAACGAGUCAAACAGGGACGAGGUGUUCCAGUACUUCAUCUCGCGGGUCCGGGAGAAGCUCCACAUGGUGUUGUGUCUGAGCCCUGUUGGAGACGCCUUCAGGUCUCGCUGUCGGAUGUUCCCCUCGCUGGUCAACUGCUGCACCAUCGACUGGUUUGUACAGUGGCCUCGUGAGGCCCUGCUUUCUGUGUCCCAGACGUUCUUCCGGAACGUGGAGUUUGGCAGCGAGGACACGAAGGCCCGCUUCUGUGAGAUGUGUGUGGAGGUCCACGUUAGUGUGGAGGACAUGGCUGAGAAGUUCCACUCAGAGUUGAGGCGCCGCUGCUACACCACCCCCACCUCUUACCUGGAGCUCAUCAACCUCUAUCUGGCCAUGUUGGGAGAGAAGAGACAGCAGCUAGAGGCUGCCCGGGACCGCGUGAAGAACGGCCUGACGAAGCUCUUGGAGACCAACGUUUUGGUGGACAAGAUGAAGAUCGACCUCUCGGCUCUGGAGCCGGUCCUCAAACAGAAGUCUGUGGACGUGAAUGCCCUCAUGGGGAAGCUAGCCGCGGACCAGGAGAGAGCCGACAGGGUGCGCAGGGUGGUGAAAGAGGACGAGGCCUCGGCCAAGGUGAAGGCGGACGACACCCAGGCCAUAGCGGACGACGCCCAGAGGGAUCUGGACGAGGCUCUCCCCGCUCUGGACAGCGCCAACAAGGCUCUGGACUCACUGGACAAGGCCGACAUCUCCGAGAUCAGGGUGUUCACCAAACCCCCCGACAUGGUCAUGACCGUCAUGGAGGCUGUGUGCAUCCUGCUCGGGAGCAAACCAGACUGGCCCAGUGCCAAGCAGGUCCUGGGUGAUUCUUACUUCCUCAGGAAGCUGAUGGAUUACGACAAGGAAAACAUCAAGCCUCAGAUCUUACAGAAGCUCCAGAGGUAUAUCUCCAACCCAGAUUUUGUGCCUGAGAAGGUGGAGAAGGUGUCCAAGGCUUGUAAGUCCAUGUGCAUGUGGGUCAGGGCCAUGGACCUCUACUCACGUGUCCUCAAGGAGGUCGGCCCCAAGAAAGAGAGACUGGCCGCCGCACAGAUGGAGCUGAACGCUACCAUGGCGACCCUUAAGGAGAAACAGGGGCAGCUACAGGAAGUGCAGAACCAGAUCCGAGUGCUGCAGGAGCAGUUUGACCAGAGCGUAGCGGAGAAAGAAGGUCUGGCCAAGACCAUGGCCCUGACGGAGGCCAGGCUGGCCAGGGCGGGCAAACUGACGGCGGCCCUGGGGGACGAGCAGGUGCGCUGGCAGGAGAGCAUGGAGAUGUUCCGGCAGGAGAUUGGCAACGUGGUGGGCAACGUGUUCAUCGCCGCCGCCUGCGUGGCUUACUAUGGGGCCUUCACCAUGCACUACCGACAGCUGCUUGUGGACCAGUGGAGGGCGCGGUGCCAGGAGUUGGGCAUUCCCAUCAGCGGCAGCUUCAGCCUCAUCAACAUCCUGGGUGACCCCUACGAGAUCCGCCAGUGGAACGCCGACGGACUGCCCAGGGACACCGUCUCCACGGAGAACGGCAUCCUGGUGACCCGCGGGAGGCGCUGGCCGCUCAUGAUCGACCCUCAGGAUCAGGCAAACCGUUGGAUCCGCUCAAAGGAGACCAAGAACGGACUGAAGGUGAUCAAACUGACCGACUCUGGUUUCCUGCGGACCCUGGAGAACGCCAUUCGCAUGGGCGUGCCUGUUCUGCUGGAGGAGCUGAAGGAAAGCGUGGACCCGUCACUGGAGCCAAUCCUGCUGAAACAGACGUUCGUGUCCGGAGGACGUACCCUCAUCCGCCUGGGCGACUCUGACGUCGACUACGACAAGAACUUCCGAUUCUACAUGACCACCAAGAUGGCCAACCCUCACUAUUUACCUGAGGUGUGCAUCAAAGUGACCAUCAUUAACUUCACUGUCACCAAGUCUGGCUUGGAGGAUCAGCUUCUCAGUGAUGUGGUUCGUUUGGAGCGACCGGAACUAGAGGAGCAGAGGAACCAACUGAUUGUGAGGAUUAAUGCCGACCGCAACCAACUGAAGGCUGUUGAGGACCGCAUCCUCAAACUGCUCUUCAACUCCAAGGGCAACAUCCUGGACAAUGAAGAGCUGGUGCAGACCCUGCAGGAGUCAAAGGUGACAUCGGAGGCCAUCAAACAUCGUCUGGAGGAGGCGGAGGCGACGGAGCUGAUGAUCAACGCGGCGAGGGAGCGCUACCGUCCCGUGGCCACCCGAGGCUCUGUCAUGUACUUUGUCAUCGCCAGCCUCUCCGAGAUAGACCCCAUGUACCAGUUCUCCCUAAAGUACUUCAAACAGCUCUUCAACACCACCAUAGAAAUGUCUGAAAGGAGCAGCGUUCUGGAGGAGCGUUUGCAGGUGCUGCUGGACCAGACCUUGCUCACCAGCUACACCAAUGUGUCCCGCGGCCUGUUUGAGGAGCACAAGACCAUUUACAGCUUCAUGCUCUGCGUGGAAGUCAUGCGACAGCGUGGCGAGGUGUCCGACGCGGAGUGGCUGCACUUCCUGCGGGGCUCACCCCCCCUCGACAAGGAGUGUGCCGCGAGGCCUGACGUGCCGUGGUUAACGCCGUGUGCCUGGCAGACCUGCUGUGAGCUUGAGGAUUCUCUGCCCUGCUUUAAAGGCAUCGAGCGGGAGAUUUCCGCUACGCCCAUCUCCAUCCAACUAGGUCGUCUGGAAGUGCGUAUCAACCCAGCAAGCUGGCAUGGCUACGUUCCUGAGUCUGACCUGAAGUCCUUCUCAGAGGAGCCUUGCGAGGGAGAGGAGACCGACAGGGUUCGGGGCCACUGGGACCAGAGACUGGGGCCCUUCCAGAAACUGGUGCUCAUCAAGAGCUUCAUGGAGGAGAAGGUGGUGUUUGCCGUGACUGAGUUUGUCAUUGUGAGUCUGGGGAAGCAGUUUGUGGAGAACCCUCCAGUGGACCUGGGGACACUGUACGGCGACAUGUCUCCCACCACACCGCUGGUCUUCAUCCUAAGCACCGGCUCAGAUCCCAUGGGGGCCUUCCAGCGCUUCGCCAAGGAGAGGGGGUGUCUGGACAGGGUUCAGUCCAUCUCUCUUGGCCAGGGCCAGGGUCCAAUAGCAGAGAGGUUGAUCAUGGAGGCUGUGAAGACGGGCCACUGGAUCUUCCUCCAGAACUGCCACCUGGCCGUCUCCUGGAUGUUGGCUAUGGAGGAACUGAUCAAGACUUUUGCCGAGCCUGGCACGGUGAUCCACGAGAACUUCCGCCUGUUCCUCAGUUCCAUGCCCACCACGGUGUUCCCUGUGACCGUCCUGCAGAACUCAGUCAAGGUGACCAACGAGCCGCCGAAGGGUCUCCGCGCCAAUGUGCGCCGCGCGUUCACCGAGAUUACCAAGAACCUUUUCGAGGAGCACAUCCUGGGACGCAAAUGGAGGAAGAUCAUCUUUGGCGUCUGCUUGUUCCAAGCUGUUAUACAGGAGAGGAAGAAGUUUGGCCCUCUGGGCUGGAACAUCUGUUACGAGUUCAACGACAGUGACCGAGAGUGUGCCCUACUCAACCUAAACCUUUACUGUCAGUCAGGACACAUACCCUGGGACGCGCUUAUCUACAUCACUGGUGAGAUAACAUACGGUGGAAGAGUGACUGAUGCCUGGGAUCAACGCUGCCUCCGUACCAUUCUGAAAGGUUUCUUCUCCCCUGUUACACUGGAACCAGGAUACGCCUUCUCCCCCUCAGGAGUGUACUACGCCCCUGACAUGGACUGUCUGUCUGCCUACAAGACAUACAUAGAGAACCUCCCCCUCAUUGACGACCCAGAGAUCUUUGGCAUGCACGAGAACGCCAACCUGGCCUUCCAGCGCAAGGAGGCCGUGACCCUGAUCCACACCAUCCUGGAGGUGCAGCCUCGCUCGGCGGCCCGCGGCGGCGGCAAAACCAACGACCAGAUUGUCCACGAGCUCGCGGACUCCGUCCUCGCCAAGAUCCCUGAGCGUCUGGAGAUGGACGAGGCCACGGGGGCUCUGUUUGUCCGGGACGCCAACGGCCGCGUCAACUCCCUCACCACCGUCCUUGGACAGGAAGUGGAUCGGUUCAACAACCUGCUCGGAGUCCUCAGGGAGUCCCUGUGCACCCUACAGAAGGCCAUAGCUGGGCUGGUGGUGAUGUCAGAGGAGAUGGAGAGGAUCUACAAUAGUUUCCUCAACAACCAGGUUCCUGAUCACUGGACCCACUCUGCCUACCCCUCCCUGAAACCUCUGGCCUCCUGGAUCAAAGACCUGGCCCUCAGGACCUCCUUCAUACAGAGUUGGAUCACACGGGGUCAGCCCAAAUCCUUCUGGAUCUCUGGGCUCUUCUUCCCUCAGGGAUUCCUCACCGGGGCGCUACAGAACCACGCCAGGAACUACAACCUCCCCAUCGACGAGCUCACCUUCCGAUUCAACAUGGUGUCAGCGUACCGAGACCAGGGGGCCGUGAGUGAGGCCCUGAAGAACCUGCCUGUCGGGGCCGAGCUCGACAUGGACUCUGAGUUACCCACCAUCAAGGACGGCCUGCUGGUGCACGGGGUGUUCAUGGAUGCCUGUCGCUGGGACGACGUCAACGCGGCGAUUGAGGACGCGCUGCCGCGGGUGAUGAACCCCGUGCUCCCUGUGGUGCACUUUGAACCCCAGCGGAACUACGUCCCAGAGCCCUCCCUCUACCCCGCCCCUCUCUACAAGACAUCAGCCAGGGCUGGGACUCUGUCUACCACCGGACACUCCACUAACUUUGUCGUCACGGUGAUGCUGCCGUCACGUCAGCCCAGCGACUAUUGGAUCGCCAAGGCCUCCGCUCUGCUCUGCCAGCUCGACGAGUAACACGGACGAACACAUCACAUGUUAGUGACAAUAUCUGAUGGUCUCUUCCUGCUAACUAACUUCACUCCUGUAACAGUAUGUUUGCUGUGGGGUGGUAUAUUAAACUGAUUUCACAGGAGGUGUGUGUGUGUGAACUAACGCUGAAUAAAUGCCCCCGCUGCAGAAUUGACAGCCGCCUCUCCCCACAAUCACAGAGCCGCGGCGCUUUAACCGUCACCCGUUAGGUACUGGGUGAGAACCACAGCAGUCCAGGCAACAGGAAGCACGACAUGGUUGUUUAGUUUGCAAAGCAAAUGAAAUCAUACUCAGCUGUAAUUACAGAAGGGGCUUCC